AUGGUAAAAGCGAAUGUCCUUGGCCAAUUAUUUGGCCUCACUUCUGUGGUAGUCGGCCAGCAGGUAUACUUGGCGGCCAAUGGGUCUACACCCCGUCCACAAUGCACGAAGUGUACUGAGGGUGAGCCUCAAUAUACCUUCACACCUUUUGAGUAUAGCAUGACCUCGACUGUGCGCUAUGCUACAUCUCGUCCGUCACCAACGACCACUACGACUUACGCGGCUCCCUUGGAAAGUCUGACUUCUCUGAUUGGAUCUGUAUCUUAUACUACUUGGGGCAAAUGGGAUCCGACUGCAAAUGCAACUGCAACAGAUGCCGCGAACCCAUACGGAAAUGCCGCUUGGACGGAGUUGUGGAGAAUAGCCAAUCCACCCAACUUUACUCAGGAAGCUACAAGCUCUGUUUUCAGUACUACCGUCAAACCGACACCAGUACCUACUGAGGAGUUAGUCUUGCCUCCCAGAGACUAUUUUGGUCCAACCGACUGCUACAACUUUCCUCCUGGUUUUGAGUUCGGCGUUGCAAGCUCUGCCAGUCAAAUUGAAGGAGCUACAGCGGAGGAAGGCAAAGCUCCAUCAUUGAUGGACAUCUUGAUCCAAGACGACCGUCCGAAGGACUAUGUCACUAAUGAGAAUUACUACUAUUACAAACAGGAUAUUGAGAGAGUCGCUGCCAUGGGUGUGAAGUACUUCUCUUUCAGCAUUCCUUGGACUAGAAUCUUACCUUUCGCACUUCCGGGUACUCCAAUCAACCAGCAAGCCAUUCAGCACUACGAUGAUGUUAUCAACUAUAUCAUCGAAAAGGGUAUGGCUCCAGAAGUCACACUGUUGCACUUCGAUACUCCUUUACAAUUCUAUGGCACGAUCCACAAUGUCACUGCCGUACUCUCCAAUUCGGAGAUUGGAUCGACCAACGGCGGAUACCAGAACGAGACCUUCCCAGACGCCUACCUCAAUUAUGCGAAGAUUGUUAUGGCACACUACGCCGACCGCGUGCCUGUCUGGUAUACCUUCAACGAGCCUCUGCUAUACUCUGCCAACGGCAAGGCCAUUGAUCACGUAAUCAAGUCGCACGCUCGUGUCUCCCACUUCUACAGGGAAGAGCUUAAGGGUACCGGCAAGAUUGCCCUCAAGUUCAACGAUAACUUUGGUGUGCCUCGGGAUCCAAAGAGCGAAGCCGACGUCUACGCUGCCGACCAUUUCAAUUCGUUCCAGCUUGGUCCUUUCUGCAACCCUAUUUUCCUUGGUCAAGAUUACCCCGAGUCCUACAAGAUGACGAUUCCUGACUACGUUCCUUUGAGCCAACAAGAUCUUGAAUAUAUCAACGGGACUGCAGACUUCUUGGGUAUCGAUCCCUACACAGCUACCGUGAUCGCACCUCCUGAACCAGGCUCCAUUGAUAGUAUCAAAGAGUGCGCAAGCAACUCAUCGGCAGAAUUACGACCUUAUUGCGUCAAUCAGACGACCACAGACAUCUUUGGCUGGAACAUCGGCUACCGCUCUCAGUCCUACGUCUACAUCACACCUACCUACCUGCGCCUCUACCUCAACUAUCUACACAACACCUUCCGCACCCCCAUCGUCCUCACCGAAUUCGGCUUCCCUGUCUUCGGCGAAGCCGACAAGCAAAACCUCUCCGAUCAACUCUUUGAUUCUCCCCGCAGUGUUUACUACCUCAGCUUCAUGUCUGAGGUGCUAAAGGCCAUCUGGGAAGAUGGAGUUCAGGUGAUUGGAGCGUUUGCGUGGAGUUUUGCUGAUAAUUGGGAGUUUGGGGACUAUAAUCAGCACUUUGGCAUUCAGACUGUGAAUCGCACGACACAGGAGAGGAAUUAUAAGAAGAGUUUCUUUGAUCUGGUGGAUUUUAUGAAGGCGAGGGGUGUUGAUUAG